AUGUCUCUGUCCUCAGCCUGCCUGUUCCGGUAUAAUGCUCUGUCAUUAGUUUAUCUUCUUUACCUGCUCCUGUUGCCAUGGUUCCCAGGACCCAAUGAACGCACCAUACGAGGUCACACAGGCCGGUUCAUCAAGUCCCUGUUUGGCACCAGCAUUAUAUUCCUGUUAGGUCAUGUGGUUUUUCAGAUCUGCCUACACACAGUCCCAGGACUGGACGAUAUCCUGGGACACAACUGCAGCACGUGGGAGACCCUUUCGAGGCACAUUGGGGUUAGCAGACUCUCACUAGGUGACCUCUUGAACGGGUCUCGCCUGCUGGCUCCUGACUUGGGGAUCUCUGUGGUGUCUCUGGUCACUCUGUGUUUAUGUGUGCGGCUGCUGAAAAGAACGGGGGUCACGCCUGGAGAGCCCCUGAAACAGGGGAAGCCGGCAGAAGGAGUCGGAGAAGAGUUGGAGGAAGAGGAGGAGGAUGGUGAGGUAGCUGAUGAUGAGGAGGAGGAGAGGAGGAGGAGGACCCUGGAGGAAGACCUGCUGGAGGGAGAGCAGCCCCAGCCAAACCGUGCCGCUCUGCUGGCUGCUCAGCUCCGUGUCACUGGGCUCAGAUUCCUCAAGGACAUGGGCAAGAUCCUGGCUAUUGCACUGCUGGGCUUGGCAGGUGGGACGUGCUCCUCCGUCCCCUUUGCAGCGAGUCCUGCUUCGUUGUUUAAUUAAAAGCUGCUAUCUUUAUGCAACUAGACCCUGUUCUUUGGACCAAAUUAAAAAUCUGUACGGGAGCCCAUUGCAUAGGAUAAUGUGGCUUUUGAGACUGGA